UCCUAGCAACCGAGCCACGCUAAACAGAGCAGGCGAACCCUGAGCUCCAUAGAAUAGAGGCAAGUGUGCAACAAGGCCCCCUCAUAGCAAUGGCCGGAGGUGACACGGAAAUCACCAUACAGACCAUUGCCAGGAGAAACCUGGAUCCCUCGUUACAGAAUGCAACUGGGCAGAGACUGGCAGAGGCACUACUUCUCCUACACUCCGUCAGACUGGACCGAGAGAGAAUCACCAGGAUGAGCAGUCUGGAAUGUGUCAGGGAAACACACAGCUUGUACCUGCAAGAGAACCUAAUAAAGAAGAUCGAGAACUUGGAGCUGCUUAAAAAUCUGCGGUUCCUGAGUCUGUCAGGGAACAGGAUUGAAGAAGUGACAAAUCUGCAUUCCCUGCUGAACUUGCAGUUCCUGGACCUGUCCCACAAUCUGAUACAGAGAGUGAAUGAAGGAGAACUGCCACCAAAACUACUUGCCUUGGAUCUGAGAGAAAAUGGCUGUACUCAUGCACCAGAUUACAGGCAGAAGGUGAUGACAGCCCUGCCUCUCCUGCAGGAGUUGGAUGGAGAAAUUGUGAGUGUCAAGCAGAGCCAGGAAUUCUAUGUAGAACUUGAGGAAGAGGAUGAAUCUGAUGCUGAUGACCCCAGCCUAUCAUAUACAGACUCAGGCAGUCUCUCGUCUGUGCGCCAAGACAUACUGGAACGAUCACAGCACAGGAAAGAGAGAGCACUGAAAGAACACAGAGAGCGCUUAGAGGAAGUGAUUGAGGAUAAAGAUUUCCUUGCCUUAUCUGAACAAAUCCCAGGAGUAAAUGUGUUAUCGGAACAUAGCUCAUCCACUGCGGAACCCCAAGGCUCUGCCUCGUGCCUGACUGGCAUGAAAAACACUAAACCUGAAGCUAUAUAUGAGGAAAACUCUCUAAAUAAUGGAUCAACAGAGAACGGUCUUUCAGCUUUAGCUAAAACAGGCCAAGAUGUCCGCCUAAAUCAUAAAACCUCUAAAAACAAUGACCAAGUCUUGGUUAAGAAAUCCACCAGCCAGGCUCGUGCUGCCACAUUACGUCCUCCAUGUAGCACAGGGCAGGGUUCAAGGCCUGAUGAAGGAAAGUCUAAAUCAGUUCCCAGUAGCAUAAAACCUCCAAAACUGCCAGCCUCUGCCCCCUCCCCAAAACUGCCUGCAGGUUCUUCUAGCUCAGGUAAACCACACGGUAUAAGUGUUCCCUCAUCUGCAAAUAAGAGACUGGUGACAAAUGUCCCCUCCUCUAGCAAAGCAAGAACCGUAUCCAGUGCGGUGCCGUCACAGUCCACGCGGAAACCCCCCACAAACCAACCGAAAACUAGGCUUAAUCACAGCGCAGGACAAAAAAAGUGACACCAAUAUUUUUAUUAUUGAAUAAGUUAUUAGUCGUUGUUGAUUGCUUGACUUGAUUGAUAAUUAAACUUGAUUAUUGUCUUUUUAUUGCUA